AAAAAAGAAAAGGAUCAAUCUUUUUAAGCAAAACCCUCAACACUACUCUCGGUUUUCUCUUCUCACAGUCGCAAAGCAUUUCCCCGAGAAAGAAGGAUGGAUUCAAACGUAUCCUCAUCAUCUAAACAGCGAAAGCAGCUAACUUUGCAACAAUCCUUCUCCAACAUCCAAACCCAAUGCUCCGAUUUACUCAAUAACGUUUCGAAAACCCUAAACCCUCUCUUCAACCACAACUCUUCUCCUCACCACCAUCCCAACAACAUCUUCUCUGCUCUCGACUCCCUGCGAACCCAAGCCAAGCAAGCUCUCGAUUCCGGAUUCUCUCGCUUCGCUUCCGGUAACGCACCACCCCUCUGGGCGAGAAUCUCUGACGACGGCGGGAAGACUCAUGUGGCUGCGGUGGCUCCGGUCCGACGAAGCAGUGGGCCGGGGCUAUCCGCUGACGAUAUGGAGGAGAGGUUGGCGGGUGUUCCUGUUUACGCGCUGAGCAACUCGAAUGAGGAGUUCGUGUUGGUCUCAGGGACUGCCACUGGGAAGUCUCUGGGGUUGUUGUUCUGUAAGGAGGAAGAUGCGGAGGCGUUGCUUAACCAGAUGAAGGCUAUGGACCCUCGUAUGAGGAAAGAAGGUUCCAAAGUUGUAGCUCUUGCUCUUAGUAAGGUGUUCCAGUUAAAAGUUAAUGGUGUGGCGUUUAGGUUGAUUCCUGAGUCUACUCAAGUUAAAAAUGCUCUCAAGGAAAGGAAAACAGCUGGUUUCACUGAUGACGACUUUAAUGGUGUUCCAGUUUUCCAGUCAAAGAGCUUGAUUCUACGUAGUGAUAACAAGAGUUAUCGCCCUGUUUUCUUCAGAAAGGAGGACUUGGAAAAAUCCCUGACACGAGCUUCCCGCCAACAGAACCGGCUUAACCCUGCUCUGAAACCCGGAGACAUUCAGGUUUUUGUUGUUGUUAUUCUUUGUCAAUCCAUUAAUUCUUACCUCAUACUGAAACGCAUGCUUUUUUAUGUUUCCAAAAAGGUUGCAGUUUUUGAAGAAAUUGUCAAGGGGAUGAAGGAAAACGCAACAUCAAACUGGGACGACAUUGUGUUUAUACCGCCUGGUUUCGAGGUUUCAACUGAGGAAACCAAGGAUUAGGUGGAAUGAUAGAUAUCCUUGGAGCAUCGUAAACGCCCUAAACCAGCUUUUGUGUACGCAUGUUCUAUGAUUUUGUAUAUGUCAACGGUUGAGCUAUGAGAAACCUUUUAGACUUCCAAUGAAUGUUUCUUUGACAUUUUGCUAUUAAGUUCAUCAGUAUCUUCUUUAGAA